ACACGGCGCGUGUUGGAAGCAGAGCGCAGUGGGAGGAAGACGGACAAGCCACGCAUUCGCAUCACCACGGGAGGAGGGUGGCGCGGUGGUAUCGCCGGCAGGAAUCCAGUUGUGAAGUCUACACAAGGCAAACAUGCACUGAGAGGAAAUUGACUGAAGCUCUGUUGUUGUUAACCAAAGAGUAAGUGACGGCGCACGGACACUAGAAGAAGACGCUCCACACAAGUUAAGAUUUGAGGAAACAAGGAGAUGAAUACGAACGAUGCCAAGGAGUAUCUCGCACGGCGGGAGAUACCUCAACUAUUUGAGAGCCUGCUGACAGGAUUGAUGUACUACCGGCCCGAUGACCCUAUCGACUACUUGGAGAGCUGUCUGAAGAAAGUCAGGGAGCUUGGAGGAACAGACAAGGUCCGGUGGGAUACCUUUGUGGGCCAGGAGAAGAAGUCCCUACCCCCACUCAACGGGGGCCAGUCACGGAGGUCUCUCUUCAGAAAUGUGUUGCCCGACAGCCCUAAUUUUCCAUACAGACGGUAUGACCGCCUCCCUCCCAUCAGCCAGUUCUCCAUUGAAAGCGACUCAGACCUGUCAGAGACAGCGGAGCUCAUAGAGGAGUACGAGGUGUUUGAUCCAUUGAGACCACGACCCAAAGUCAUCCUCGUCAUCGGUGGCCCUGGCAGCGGCAAAGGAACACAGAGCCUGAAGAUCGCCGAGCGCUAUGGCUUCCAAUACAUGUCUGUGGGCGAGCUGCUGAGGAAGAAGAUGAUCCACAAUGCCACCAGCAACAGAAAGUGGAGCCUGAUUGCUAAAAUCAUCACAAAUGGAGAGCUGGCACCACAGGAGACUACAAUAACAGAGAUAAAGCAGAAGAUUAUGAAGAUCCCAGAUGCUAAUGGAAUCGUCAUAGAUGGAUUCCCUCGUGAUGUUGGGCAGGCCUUGUCUUUUGAGGACCAGAUCUGCACUCCUGACCUGGUGGUGUUCCUGGCUUGCACUAACCACCACUUGAAGGAGAGGCUGCAGAAACGAGCCGAGCAGCAGGGACGACCAGAUGACAACCCGAAGGCCAUCGACCGCCGGCUGACCAACUUUAAACAAAACACCAUUCCUCUGGUCAAAUACUUCCAGGAGAGGGGCCUUAUUGUCACGCUGGAUGCUGAUCGAGAUGAAGAAGAGGUGUUCUGUGACAUCAGCAUGACGCUGGACAACAAGUUGUUUCCCUCCAAAGAGCCUGCUGCCGGUCCCAGUGAGCUGGACCUCAGUCUACUGGGGGAAACCAGCAGUCUUGCAGAUGUUGCUUGCAAGUAUGAGGUUGAAGAGGAAGAAGAAAUGGGGUAUGCUGAAGGAACUGCAGACGGUUAUUGUGCAGAACAGAAGAAACCAAAGGUCAUCUUCAUGAUGGGUGGUCCAGGCUCAGGAAAGACUCUCCAAUGUGAGCGGAUGGAGGAGAGAUUUGGUCUGCGUCGCGUCACCCUGGGUGAUCUGCUUUGUAAUGAGCUGCAGUCUCACAGUGAUAGGGGGCGCCACCUUCGGGACAUCCUGGAGAGAGGAGAGCAGCUACCCGAGGACACACUGCUGGAGCUGCUCUGUGAAGCGGUGGCAUCUUUGGUCCGACAGGGAAAAGGUCUGGUGAUCAGUGGCUUCCCCAGAGACCUGAGACAGGCGGAGGAGUACGAGGCGAAGAUUGGAGAGCCCAAUAUGGUCCUGCUGCUGAACUGCUCUGUGGACACCGUGUCCACUCGUCUGCAGCGCUGUGGGAAGUCCAGCUCUGGGGCCGACAGAGAGAGCAUCCUGCACAGAAGGGCUGAGAGUUUCUGCAGAGACAGUCAGCUGGUGACAGCUCACUACGAUCGCAGGAGGCUUCUCCACACAAUUGAUGCUGAGAGUUCGCCAGAUGAUGUUUUCGCCCAGAUCUGCCAGGCAAUGGAAUCCACCUUCUGAUUUCUACAAGUUUUUCCUCAGACUCUGCUGUCCAGGAGGUCUGGUACCUGUCUGAGGACCUUCUCCCAGUUUCUCCUAUAUGGCUCCGAGGACUUCUCACCUGCAUCACCUCACAGCUGCACCAGACAUAUAUACUCAUUGACCUCCAGUGGUAUGCAUGCCCCACCUGAUGUUUUGAAAUAACACAAUUGGUGAAACCUAUUUAUGCUUUUGACACAGAUGAAGCGCCUGGUCGUCACAUUCCGCUCCACUUACAUGCAUUGUGUCUCUUACAUUGACCUCAAUAUAUGCUGCCAACUGCCGGACCGAGGAAAUAAAUACUGUACAGAGAAAAUAGCAUUCCCUGCUGUGAUGGAGAGCACAUUUGUAGGCAAAUGCAAACCCCUCUGUCGUUCCCUGUGGAGCUAAACAGAGAAUUCCCACGAUGAUAGAGUGAAAAAUGUCAAAAAUAGUGUGUUCUUCUGCACAGCAUCAUGCUUUAUAUUGUAACAAGCAUGCAAGACUUACAAUCAAGCUUACUGCCUUUUGUGCAUUAAAUUAAAAAAAAAAAAAAGUUAAAGAGUAUUAUCACAUUUGUAUGUUUCAGAGUUCAUCGUACAGGUGCUUUGUUUGAGUCAGGUAUUUAACAUUCAAUAAAGCCAGUGCAUUUGGUAAAC